UUACGACAGCUGUGGGUGGUUUGCGACAGCUGAGGCUGAUUUACGACAGUGGUAGGUUACAAAGGUAGCAGCUUCUCCUGGUUCGGGGGAGAAACCGGCCGAAGGGAGAUGUAAAAACAGACAGAGUCAGGAAAACAUGCAAGAGAAGAGAUACGACUGUGCCUUGAAAAAACCUUCUCGGUUGGACGAUGGAAGAACUGGGAAAGAAGCCAUCCACCUGCAUCCCUGACCCCUGGACCGGUCCUCCAGGGAGCGAGACCCUCCUCUGGAAACUCAAAGACUGCUUCUCCUCCUUUGAGAAGGCCAACUCCAGCUUCACCCAACAACAAACCAUGGAGGGCAGGACGCCUGUGCUGGAGCUCAGAGACGUCCCCCCCCCUCCUCACCACGUGUCCUCUGCCCCCCCCUCCCAGCCCUUCCCCCUGGCCCCCCCCACUCUCCCUGUGCCCUGCUUGCCCAUGCCUCCGCACCCCGCGGUACCCCACAGGCACCCGCCCUGCUCACAGCUGCAGGAGGGGCCUGGCCCCAAAGUAAGCAUUUGCACUUGGUGUGACCACUAUGACCCUGCGGGCUACGGGGCCUUCGGGGAGACCAGCCUCGGCCUCAACACUAGUAAUACGAGCGGCCACGUCGCCAGCUACAUGAGCCCUAGCGCCUAUAACGGCGCCCCCGCCGGCUGUGUGGGACCUUCGGCCUGCUCUCCGGUGCCGCUACUCAAUGUGUACCCCAACAGCCCGGCUAGUCGGAGCACAAACGAAGCCAGUAGUGUGUUGUACAGUCCGGCGGCCUUCCAGCUCCCCUUCGCCCCCUGCGUGGCUACGUCCCAGCCCAUGCCCUCUCACUCCUGUACCUCCUGCUGCACGGGCUUCCUCCACCCCUACUCCAACCUGCCUCUGUCCGGCAGCCCAGCCAGCCUCCCCCCUCCCCCUCCUCCUUCUUCUUCUACUACUCCUUCUGUGCCUCUGGCCCCCCCUCUGUCCACCCUUCCCCCCCCCCUGCACGGCUCCUCCGGGUGCUACUGCCCGUGCGGCGCCGGCUGUGGCCACGCACUCGCAGAGACCCAGAGACCCCUCCCUCACGGUGACCUCCCACCCACCAGCACGGCCCAGUACGGCCCUCAGUCUAGGCACCCCAAUGUAGAAUGCAUGGUUUGUCUGACGGGGUCUCACUACUGCCAGGAGUGCCUGUUGAAGCCCGUGAACGGGUGUUUGCCAGAGUCCGAUAAGCUGUGGCCCGUGGUCCCCCACCUGUCCUCGCGGCCCCCCCCCCUCCCCAUGUGUAACGGCUGUGGUACCCCGGCGGACGGCCGGCUGCGGCCCCCCCACCACAGCCUGGGCAAGGCCGGACACCAGUUCGGCUCCCCUGACGUCGGCGGUCCAGAGAACACGCCCCCCGUGGGCGUGUUCUGGGACAUCGAGAACUGCUGCGUGCCCAGCGGUCGCUCGGCGGCCGCCGUCGUCCAGCGGCUCCGGGGGCGCUUCUUCCAGGGCCACCGCGAGGCCGAGUUCAUCUGCGUCUGUGACAUCAGCAAGGAGUGCAAGACGGUCAUCCAGGACCUCAACAACUGCCAGGUCACCGUUGCCCACAUCAACGCCACUGCCAAGAACGCCGCCGACGAUAAACUCCGCCAGAGUCUGCGCCGCUUUGCAGAGACCCAUGCAGCCCCGGCCACCGUGGUGCUAGUGUCCUCGGACGUGAACUUUGCCAGCGAGCUGAGUGACCUGCGCCAUCGCCAUGGCUUCCAGGUCAUCCUGGUGCACGGCACGCACACCUCGCCGGCCCUGCUGCAGCACGCCCACCGCCAGGUCCCCUUCCUGGAGAUCACAGCCGACCUGCCGCUGCGCGUGCCCCUCAAAUCCCAGCCCAGUUUCAGCAACCUCUAUGUGCACAACCUCCCCGUCGCCUGCGACAAGAGCCUGCGCGGCGCCGUGAAGCUGCGGCUGCGGCGGCUGUCGGACAACUGCGGCGGCAAGGUGCUGAGCGUGUCCCGGGGCACGGCCGUGCUGCGCUUCGGCAGCCUGGACGCUGCCGAGCGCGCCUGCAAGCGCAUGGAGAACGAGGACGUGUUCGGCCACCUCAUCCGUCCCUCCUUCUCCCCGGCGGCGGGCUCCCGGGCCGGCGGCGGCGAGGCCCCGGGCCCCGCGCACCGGCCCGCGCAUCAGGCUCCGCCCCUGGCCGCUCCGCCCCUGGCCGCCCCGCCCCUGGCCGCCUACGUGCCCCCGGGGGCCCCGCCAGCCCCCGCCCCCGCCCCCGCCCCGCCCAUGCCUUCCUCCUCCUUUCUGCCCCUGGAGCCCACCAGGUCGCCCUGGAGGCUGCGGCAGGGGGCCCGGCCCUGCCAGACGUCGGGGCCCCUGGCUGAGAGGCCCUACAGUCCCAGGAGGGGCUGUAGCGGGCCACCCGGUGGUCCCAUGGCCCCAUCCCCUCAGGAGCUGGGUGGUGUAGACGCCACACCCAACUCGGUCUUCCAGCUGUUGGAGAACGCCUGCAGCCCCACCACCACCGCCUCCAGCAGCUCGCCCCCCCAGAGGGCCGCCGACCCCGCCCUGGGAAGACUGCCCAAGCCCGGGCUCAUCGGAGAGUCCAUGUUCAGGAGGAGGGGAGACAGCUCCAGCCCUCGGCGGACCGUGGAGUCCCCUUCGAGACGAGGGGACCGGGGGUCCCCCGAGUUCCUGGUCAGCACGCCCUCCGCCUUCAGCAAGCUGAGCCUCCACCGCAGCUUCAGCCCUCUGGGUGCCUCUCAGGGCUCCUGGUCCUCCAGGAGCGCGUCCCCCUCCCUCUCCGGCCGCUCCUCCCCUCUCCUCCCGGGCCCCCGGAGCCCCGUUCCGGACGGCCCCGCUGAGUGCCUGCGGGACAGCCCCGAGGUCCAGGUCUCCAACCUGGACUACCGGAUGUCCCGCAAGGAGCUGCAGCAGUCGCUGAUACACUGCUUCUCCCGAUACGGCAAGGUGACCCGUGUGGAGCUCAGCCCCCACACGGACUACCAGCUGAAGGCAGCGGUGCAGAUGGUGUACGUGCAGCAGGCCAUCCUGGCCGUCAGCGCUCUGCAGCGCUACAAGAUCGGUGGCAAGCGCAUCCACGUGUGCCUGGCCACCGGGGGCAGCAGCAAGCCCCUCGCCGCCCUGGGCUCUGAGAUCGUCGGGAUUCUCCACGACGCUCCCGCCAACUGCCUUCCUCUGUCCAAGUUCACGGAGCUCUACGAGAAAAGGUUCUCCCGUAGGCUGGCGGUGGGGGACCUCUACCGGCUGCCGGAGGUGGUGGCGGUGCGGGACCAGGGCGGGGCCCGGCUGGUGUGCCUCGUGGCGGGGGGCCAGGCCCGGCAGAGCCCCCUGGGGUCCUCCCAGUCCCAGGAGGCGUCCUCCUCGGCCUGCAGCAGCCCUGUGGUCUUUGAGGAGCUGGAGUACCACGAGCCCGUCUGCAAGCAGCACUCCACACUGCACAACUUCAGUGAGGCGGACUUCGACCCGGACUCGUAUCAGAUCCCCUUCGUGGCGAUGUCCCUGAGCGCCAUGGCCCCCCAGGUCCACGGCCUGCUGCAGUCCCACGACGGCACCCUCCCCCUCCUCAGUUUCCCAGAAUGCUAUGCGGCAGAGUUCGGCCCGUUGCAGCUGGGCGAUGAGACACAGGAGGGCGCUGUCUCUCUGGAGCACCUCAUCACCUGCCUCCCCAGCAUCACCGUGGUUACGGCCCAGAACGGCUUCAAGGUCAUCAAGUGGAUCCACAACAAGCCACCCGCCCCCAACUCUGAGCCGUGGGUCCAGCGGUCCAAGAGCCCGGUGGGGAACCCCCAGCUGAUCCAGUUCAGCCGGGAGGUGAUCGACCUGCUGAAGAGCCAGCCCGCCUGCCUGCUGCCCAUCCACAAGUUCAUCCCCUCCUACCACCACCACUUCGCCAAGCAGUGCCGCGUGUCCGACUACGGGUACCCCAAGCUGCUGGAGCUGCUGGAGGCCGUCCCCCACGUCCUGCAGAUCCUGGGCAUGGGCGCCAAGCGUCUGCUGACCCUGACGCACCGCGCCCAGGUGAAGCGCUUCACCCAGGACCUGCUCAAGCUGCUCAAGUUCCAGGCCAGCAAGCAGGUGGCCAUCAAGGACUUCAUGCAGGCCUACCACUGGUGUUUCUCCAGAGACUGGCGGGUCAUGGACUACGGCGUCUGUGAACUCAUGGACCUCCUGAACGAGAUGCCCGAGACCACCGUCACCCUCACGCGCCAAGACGCCCACCUGGUCAUCUCCGUCCCCAAGAGAGAGCGCACCCCGGAGGAGAUGGAGCGCACCAAGCAGUUUGGGAAGGAGGUGGUGGACCUGCUGCGGCACCAGCCCCACUGCCGCAUGCCCUUCAGCAAGUUCAUCCCCACCUACCACCACCACUUCGGGCGCCAGUGCAAGCUGACCUGCUACGGGUUCACCAAGCUGCUGGACCUGUUCGACGCCAUCCCCGAGGUGCUGACGGUGCUGGAGUGCGGGGAGGAGAAGGGGCUCUCCCUGACGGAGGUGGAGCGCGUGAAGGCGCUGGCGGCCCAGCUGGUGAAGCUGCUGCGCUCCCAGAGGAACUGCUCCCUGCCCGUCAGCCUGCUGCUGGCCGAGUACGGCCGCACCUUCGGCUACGGCCUGCGGCUGCAGGACUACGACGCCGCCUCCCUGCCCGCCCUGCUGGCCAAGCUCUGCCACGUCGUCAAGGUGGUGGACGGGGCUGAUGGGCAGCGCGAGGUGCAGCUGAUCAACAGGAAGUCGCUGCGCCUGCUGACCUGCCAGCUGCUGAUGCUGCUGAUGUCCGAGGAGCAGCAGGAGGCCGGGGUCAGCGUGGAGGAGCUCAGCGAGCGCUACCUGGCCGCCCACGCACUCACCCUCAACCCCUGUGAAUACGGCUUCCUGUCCCUCAGCGAGCUGCUCAAGAGCCUGCCCUACCUGGUGGAGCUGUACCGGGAGGACGGCGUUCCGGACGACGCCCCGGCCGCCGGCGGGGGCGCCCCCCGCGGGGAGGACUGGGUGCGGCUGACCCGCCUGUACCAGUUUGCGCGCGGCGUGCGCGGCCUGCUCCACACCUACCACUACAACCAGAUCUUCCUCACCGAGUUCUCCUCGGCCUACUGCAAGUUCACGGGGCGCGCCCUGGUGCCGCGCGCCUACGGGUACUCCAGCGUGGACGACCUGCUGGGCGCCGUGCCCCAGGUGGUCUGGAUCAAAGGUCACGGCCACAAGAGGAUUAUCGUUCUGAAGAACGAUAUGAAAGCGAGGCCCAGCUCUGCGGCCUCAGACCCCUCCCAGCCUGAAGGGGGCGCUGACAGCCAGAGCAGCAGCCCCACCAGCCUGGCCGACUCAGGGACCGGUUCUCCAGGCGGGGACGACGACGUGGUGGUGGAGUCGGAGCUCCUCUACCUCAGCUCCCCGCUGGACCUGCUGUGUGGCCCGGCGCCGUCCUGCCUGCCCUCGCCCCAGCUCCACCCCCGCCCCGCCGGGCUCCACCCCCACGCAGACCUCAUCCACUUCGAGAGGUCUCCUCCUCCGCCCCACUGCACAGAGCGCCGGCAGCCCGCCGAGGAGGCCCCGCCCCCCGCGGAGGGGGAGGGCCCCGCCCCGGACCAGCAGCCCGCCAACCCGCCCCGCCCCCCCGCCGUGAGGUCCGCGGAGAGCCCGAGCAGACGGGCCUCCCGCGGCAAGAUCCGGCUGGCGGCCAACUUCUCAUUCCAGGCGUGACCCGCGAAGCCACGCCCCCAGCACCCCCCCCCCCCCCCCCCCCCACACACACACACACACACACACACACACACACACACACACACACACACACACACACACACACACACACACACACACACACACACACACACACACACACACACACACACACACUGUUGGUUCCCUUCCUUUAGGUUAAUUUAUCUCUUGAGAUAAGACCAGUGUUUACAUAUAUAGACCAGUCCCCCCCCCCCCCAACUAACACACUCGUACAGGGUAUAUUGCCCCCCCCCUUACAUUCCUAAAGCAGCUUGUAGCACAUUCCAGUCUUUCAUCACUCAGCAACUUUUCCUUUCUUUGACCUCCCUGUGACCUUUAUAGGAGAUCAGACGACCUUUAGAGUGACCUUUUUAUAGGAGAUCAGAUUUAACUUGUGAUUCACCUUUAGCGUGACCUUGAUAAGAGGUCAGAUGACCUUCAGCGUGACCUUUUAUAGGAGGUCAGACGACCUUGUUGUUCACCUGUAGCGUGACCUUUAUUAGAUGUCAGAUGACCUUGUGGUUCACCUUAUCCGUGACCUUACUGCAGCCUUCCUGCAGACGUUUUGUUGGAGGUGGGACCACUCUUCUGUUUAAGGUUAAUAUCCUUUCCUUGGUCACGCGGCCCCUGAGUUGUCCUGGACGCACGAUGAGUGCCGAACCCGACUGGAGUUGGUGGCCCCUGGACGGGGACCCAGAGCCCCGGAGAACGGCUCUGAAGCAGCCUCCCUUGCAUCCCCGUGUGGAUGUGGCCAAACUCGCCUUGAAUUUAUAAUACUGAAGAUUAUUAAGAGUUAAUUAACGCGCAGCACGGUUUUCAUUAAGUAUGCAUAUUGUUUUACUGCUUUGCUGUAGGAAUAGAAAUAGCAGAGAACGGGCGCUUUAGUUCGGGACGUGGAAGGGCAUGGGUUCAUGUCCGAGAUGCCUUCAAAGCAGCUGGUGUGACGAGUCGCCUCAUGUGUAGGGUUGGUUAAGAGACGGUGAUCUCUGGUAAUCCAUUCCCCGUUAUCUCCAUCCUUGCCUGACGUGGCUCAGGACCAGAUCGGACGUGAAGGUUCGACCCCCUCUUGACUGCCGCUGCGGGGCCCUAUGGAGGCUCUCAGGACGCAGGCUGCAUCAGCCGGCAUCACAUCUUGGGUUCUACGGGUGCAUAGACGACUCUAUGCACGGUGGGGGCACCACAGAGACCGCCGGGCCCCCGGUGGCUAACGAGGCACUAACCUAGACCAGUUUAGUCUUUUGAGUUCCGUCUGUCUCUCCAUCGCGUAGCGUGGGCCUGAAGGCCGUCCCUACAGCCGUCCACUUGAAGCUCAGGGUUGUUUUGGUUGAACCUUGCUGCCAGUGGCCCACGCGCCCCGCCGGUGUGAGUCUUGUUUUGUGUAUUUCUGUUGUCGUCCACGGGAGCACAUUGCAGCCCCUGUGUUGCGUUAAGAUUUUAAAUGAGGUCAAAGGUUCUGUGAUUUUUACUUAGGAGUUGAGUAGAGACGUUGGCUCCAUGAGGAACGUCUGGCCACUUAAGGGACAGACGUGGUGGGCCCCUCUGCACCCGCCUGGCUCUUACAAUAGCUUGUAUCUGCCACGGCACUGGGGGAUGGUACUAGCUGAUCACUGGUCAGUGUCUCCAUCUUAUAGAUGGAGUUUUAAACCUGACGUGCAUUGAUAUAAGAACCUUUAGUUCCACCGGUCUUUCGGUGUUUGAGUGGCGGCUGUGGAAACCUCAAAAGUCCUCCUAACUUCUGCUGCUGAACCAGAGCAUCGAGGCGAGCAGAGACAUGCAGAGUAGAAAAGGUUUGGUGUUUGUUUGAGUUGAUGGGUCAGAACCCAUGUCCCUCCGUUCAGCUCACUUAUUCCUGCCGCUCGGUGUGAGAAAUGGCACCUGUUGAAGAUUUGUGAAUAGAUUUGCUUUAGACUUAGAUGUGUAAAACUGUGAAAAGCAUAGAAACUCUACCUCUGAUUUCCUACAGCCUCCGUGUUCGCCCCCUUGUGUUUUUAACUGAUGUUGAACAACAGAUUAUUUAAAAAGGGUUUUGCUGCAACAUUUACAUUCUUUUAUUAAGAACGUUACGAUUUUUGAAUUGAUUGGCAUUCAAGGUUAAUAAAGAGAUAUAAAUAGUUUAGACUGAUUUGUCGGGUCGACUCCUUACACUCCUGAAUGUACGGCGUCCCACCAACUCCUGUUUUAAAGGGUUCACAAGAGCUGCUAUCAACAUGUCAUUUUGUUUUGUUUGGCCAAACAGAAGCUAUGGCCAGUGGCACUCGAAAAUAUGCAUGUUUGCAUAGUUUUGGUUCAUGAGACGUAUUAUAAGUGACUUACCCCCCGGAUUGUGUGUGUCGUGAUCUCGCUAAAGUCAAGAGUCCUACCGGUCCUACUAAUCAGCCUCAAGUCUGCAACAGGCUUAAGUCGGUUCUGAGCCAGUAUCUCCUCCCUCAGCUCAGUGUCUCACCUGAGGCUGGAUUCCCCCCAACCCCCGAAUCCGGUUUCACUACCUCACUGAUCUAUAAGCUGCUGUCAUGUCGUUGCCGAAGGGACCAAGAUCAUUUCUGUUUAAUAAAUUUCACAAGCAUUAUA